CAACAGCUCCUGUUAUGUGCCAAAUCAUUCAGGGCGGAAACCCACCCAGGAAAGCGAUCCAGGCUGGCUCCUUGUAGAUUGCGGGUGAUCAUCUUCCCUGAAGAAGCUUUACAGGGAGCAGGAACGCGACUUGGUCACUAGUGGCUCCUCAACUGCCCUCCCUUACAUGCAGACGGCGAGCAGCAACGACUGACCCCUUUUGGCCAGACUUUUGGCUCGACUAUUGGGGUUUUGGUUUGCCAGCAUGGAUCUGCUAGAGUUGCCGGGAGACACGCUCACGCACCUCCUCACGUUUUUGGAUGCCAAGGGGUUGGCGGUCGUGUCUCGGACCUGUGAUCAGAUGAGGGUAGCGGCUGGCUCUGAGGUUGUGUGGAAGCAGAUGUGUCAGCCUUGGUCAGAUCGGGUCAAGCUAGAGGAGUGGCGGCCUGGCAUGCAAUCUUACAAGGCCCUGUACCGCCUGCUGCGUGACUUGGAACGGCUGGUUGGUACGUGGUCUGCAAAGGAGAUGGCUCCAAAGGGAGGUUUACUUCAUGUCAUAUGGAGUCGCCUGUCAGUAGUUGCCUGCCGCGUUCAACCUCAGAGCACAGGACAUGGGCUGUUGUGUAUGAGAUUAUUUGAAGUGAUCGGCUGCCCCGACGGCACUUCCCUGGUGAACCUCUUAACUGGGCGCGACAACAUCGAGGUCUGCUUGCCGGGCGCGCUCAACCUCGACGCCGAGGCCUCCGAGUUCUUCCUAGAAUCUCUCGGCCCCCCUGACUCGAUCUUCCCUGGGAGAAGGGGGGCCCCGCCCCCUCUGUUUGGAGUCAACAUCGAGAGAGAUGGGGGGCAACCGGCAGUUCCUCAAGAGGGGGCAGUCCAGCAAGGGGAGGCGUCAACUAGGGAGGGGGGUGAAAGCUCGCAGGAUGCGGCACAAGGGGCGAGUGCUUCAGUCAGCGGAGAGGGGUCUCGGACGCUUGUUUAUGGGGAUGGGUUUCCAAAGUGGCUGCCCGGAGAAAAGGGGGUUGAGGAGGGGGAGCCUUCCUCACAAACAGGGGGCCAAGCAAGCAGCUGGAAAAGGCCCCCCGAAAUGGAAGAGGUAUGUAGGCUGCAAGAAAGAAGCAUAACGAGGCGAGGGGAGGUGAGAGCAGUUAGUAGUGGAACGGCCGACCAGGCUCGCUACAGCCUGGAGUUAUCGCGGGUAACGACGUUAAGCAGGGUUAGGGGUUUAGAAGUUUCCUCUCCAGACAACAGCACGGCCACAAGCGUUGGUGUUAGCUCAGAAAGGGUUUCUUCUGAGAGGGUUGCCAACAGGGUCAGCCCAGAGCCGGUUAGGGGAGGGUCAGGGUUAACCGCCGAGGAGGCGCGACGGCAGUACUUGCUGAGAGUGCACUUGCGGCAGCAGCAGUUAGUGCGGAACCUGUGGUUAGGGGCGGCCAGUAACCCGGAGUUGCAGCAACUAGAGGCGCGCGCACAGGGUCAAGGGCAGGGCCAGGCGCCGGGAGAAAUAAGGCGGCAUGCGUAUGAGUACCUGCUCCGAUUGGCGAACACACCAAGGGGACCUGGCUGCCCUACAGAGCAACUGCCGGGGCGCACCGUCGUUCCUUUGUCGACGUACAAGAAAAUAGCGGUGCCAGAGCCCAGCAAGGUUCAGGAGUUGGCGGGGCUGUGGAGCGGGGUCUACGGGCCGCACGGGCGGGAGAUUUUGUUGGUCACGUACACUGAUGAUAACCGGAUAACGGCCACAAAGAUGCUGGGCGAUCCCAACGUGCCGUGCGGCGAGGUGUCGUUCCAAGUGAAGCUGGAGUCCGAGCGGACGACUACGCUCCCAGGGGAAGUGGUGACCAACUCACUGGACGUCGAGUGGGAGGAGAUCGAGCAGAACAUUGUGAAGAGGUAUCGUGGCUACGGGCGCGUUGCAGGUUAUGGUUUCCGGUACCCCCAGUGGGUACCCGGGCAGUUGUUGGUGGAAAAGAAUGGCAACUUCGCGUUCUUGUGGGAAGACGUCAACUUCAUCAUCCGUUUCCAUCGGGUGGACGUACAUGAGAUCGUCAGCACCCAGCUGGCGAAGCUACCUCCUUUUGGAGGGGUUUGAAACAAUCAGAUAGACUGUAUUUGAAAUUUGCCGGGCUUGGUUAUGUAGUCCGUUGUUAUUGCAAGCUCCGUGUUGAUAUGGCAAAGGGAGGAGCGUCGCGGUCGUCAAGUAGGUCCGUUUAGCGUUUUCGCUUUGACUUCGCCAAGGUGGACGGCAGGAACAUGAAAGCUCCGACAUUCGGUUAGUUUCCUUUUACCAAAUAUGCAAAUGCAACCUAGAACUCUCUGGUAAAGGGGGAUACUUGAUUAUAGUGGUCUGUUGGGCCUAGUACCGACAAAUUUCGAAUCAGCAACAAUUGAGCAAAAGAUACAAGAAAGGCACCAGUGUUUAUGUAAGCCGAGUUUUGGAAGUUUUGUAGGGUCUGCAAAUAGUUGCCGGCUUUGGAUUAUACAACCGUUUGGUUCGCUGACGCAUGUGAAAGCGAAUGCAUAGCUAGUGACAUCAAGGCUAGGCCGGGACUUGGCACGCCUGGCUUGCUUGUGAACCCAC